AUGCCCACGGUGGGGUCUUUGACCCUCAAGAAAAUCCUCACGGUGGAGCAGGCGCUUGUGCAGGGCGAGCGGCUGGGCAAGGAUUCCACAGCCUACGAGAAUCUCCGGCGAGAGGCCGUGUCCCUCCGGCUCGAGAACGACGUGCUUACGGAGCAGGUAGCCGAGCUCGAGGAGGCUCGUGCGGAGUAUGUGGCACAGGAGGAGCAGUUCACUGCCAAGCUGAAUGCAAACGGUGGCUUUUUUGCCCACGAAGAGGAAGUGGUGAACAUGACGGGCAAGAUUCGGGAGGUCGACUACAAAAUUGCUGGACUCAGACAUAAGCACUACCACAACAUCAAGGACGUGGGCUCCCUGAAGCGCACGAUGUCCCUGAUCGAGAAGCGGGGCGAGGUGACUACAGUCCUUGACAAGGUCAACGAGGCCCUGGAGAGAGGGGAGGUUCUCGACGAGCAAGGUGAAGAGGCUCGCAGCCUCCAGGAGCAGGUAAGCCGUCUGAGGAGAGAGUCCGAAAAGGUCUGGCCGAAGAUCACCUCUUACGAGAAGGACAUCUCGACAUUCAGUGCGAAAUUGUCGGAGACGCAAAAGCAGCUCCAUUCCAUUCGGGACACGCCCACGCGCGAGGCGGACGACCUAAGGACACACCUGAAAGCGGAGAUCAACCAGGUGAAGCGGAUGAUGGCUCAGUUGGGACGGCUGCGCGACAUCCAGCGGGUGAAUGCGCAGGAGAUCGGCAUGGUGGAGCGGGUCCGGGCCAAACUCUCCAAGCAAGUGCGUGUGCGAAAACUGUUGGCAGAGGGGAACGCGGACGAAUUGGCAGACAAGAUCGCAAACUUGCAGGACGACACAAACAGGCUACGAACCACCAUCAAAGACCUGGAAGGCAGGCUUCAGCCCCUCACCAAGGAGGCAGGUGUCAUCAUCACCAAGCUACGAGAGAUGCCCUUUGAGUUCACCACAGAGACGGGCAAGCUCCGCGAGCAGCUGAUUGCCAGCAUCCACCAGGAAUCGCACUGGAAAGAGCGGCUAGCUGUCCUUCGCGGGGAGAAGUUGCAGAACAUCCGUUACAUUGCCUUGUUGAAGAAGGCGCUGUCCCAAAAGACUUCCUGA